AUGACUUUGGAUAACAGUAUCUCGAGCGACCUUUCGACGGAUAUCACGUCGAUUGCUUCAUGGGAUUUCUCGUCAGAAUCGACCACUCCAGCAAGCAAUGGCUCGCGGCGCAAUACCCAACAGAAGACCCGAACAUUGACUCCCAAUCUGACGCGACGAUCGCACAAGAAGUCUCGCGGAGGAUGCUUUAGUUGUAAGCAUAGGAAGAUCAAAUGUUCCGAAACGAAGCCCGCGUGUGGGAGUUGUUUGAUGAAAGGACUCAGUUGCGUCUAUCCCACGGAGCCAGCAGUGCGCAAGUCGAGCAAUCUGCCGUUGAUAAGGCGGAAUCCCAGUACAUCUCCGUCCUUCCCAGCCGCCACCUUUUCGAUCCUGGACAUGCGAUUCUUCCAUCAUUUCCUCACGAUCGCCUAUCCACAUUUACCAGUCGACAAUGACCAUGUCUGGGUCAACGACAUCCCCCAAUUUGCCGAACAGCACGAAUACCUCAUGCACGCGUUGCUUUCGCUCGGAGCCUCCCAUCUCAGCCGCCUCACCGGCGUGGACUAUCGACGAGAGUCUCUGAUUCAUCGUGGCCAGGCGAUUGCGGGCCUCAACCAGGCACUUAGCCAGACGGCGCGCUCUUACGGUGAAGCUGACGCCAUGCUGGCCUCUUGCUAUGCCCUUACCUUUCAAGCUUCAUACAUGAGCGAUGGCCUUUCCGAUUUCAUCACCAUGGUGCGAGGCUGCGCUCUCACGACGGAGAAAAUCAAAGAAGAGCACUCCCCUACGGCGUUCAACCUGCAACCAGACUGGCACUUCAAAUACAUGGCGCCGCGUCUGCACAACCUGCCCUCCGUGGACCCUCAGUUGCUGGAAGAUGCGUACACAGCCCUCGAGAGCAUUCGACCCUUUUUGACCGGUGGCACAGAAAUAGAUUUUCACGCGGCACUGGUCGACGUGAUCACCUCCCUCCAAGCCUCGCCAGCAUCAGGCUAUAUACAAUUCAUCGGCGUGUAUGGUGUGUGGUAUGAGUUGUGCCACGACUCAUUCAAGACCUUCCUGGACCCAAACAACCUUGUCGCCCAGCUCCUUCUUGCUUACUUUGUAGGCGUGCAGCUGUUGAUGGUCCCUCUCGCCGCGCAUGAGUGGCCACACCGUGCGGAUGUAAGUCGCGUGCGCGUCCUGCAGGGUACAGUCGAGUGGGCUCAAGGGAUUUUUUCCAGACUCGAGGAGUCAGAGUGGGAAGCGCAUCUUGAUUGGCCCAGGAAUGUCAUCGCUACCGUUGUUGCAGAGAUCAAUGGCGAAGUGCUCCAAUUGCCACCUGUCCUGCAGCUUCAUCUUACAACGCAGGACAUCACCCCACAGUCCACGAUCCUCACACCUACGUGA